AUGCCGGACCCUCUCUUGGUGGACAACAAAGCCUCCUUCAGCUCUUUUUCACAUAUCCUUGAUGCUCGUCUACUGCGCGCACUGGCCGACUUGGGCUUCGCACGGCCAACAUUGGUUCAGGCGAAAGCUAUACCGCUUGCCCUUGAAGGUCGAGAUAUCCUCGCGAGAGCACGGACGGGCAGUGGAAAGACUGCGGCAUACUGUAUCCCUGUGAUCCAGAAGGUCCUCAGCGCGAACGGCGUAGCCAUCGAUCCCCGACAGCAAUCAGCUCCGACAGAUAAGCAUACACAUGCUCUCAUACUGGUACCGACGCGUGAAUUGGCGGAGCAAGUGAGCUCCCACUUACGGGCAUUACUCGCCUACUGCGAGAACGAGGUCAUCGUAUCAAACGUGGCCAGUGGUGCAACGAGUCACCUCCAGAAGACUCUUCUGGAAGACAGACCCCAAAUCGUUGUAUCCACGCCGUCUCGGGUUCUCACCUUGCUCAAGUCAAAGACCGUGGACAUCAGCAGGAUCGAGUGUCUUGUCAUCGAUGAGGCCGACCUCAUCUUCUCCUAUGGCCACGAUGAAGACAUACGACAGAUCCUUGGCGGCGGCUAUCUCCCGAAGAUAUUCCAAUCUUUCCUCAUGAGUGCCACCAUGACGGAGGAUGUCGAAACCCUUAAGGGGCUCGCAUUGCGUAAUCCCGCUAUCCUUAGACUCGAGGAGGGCGAAGACCAGGCGGCGAAUCUGACGCAGUACUCCGUCCGGUGCUCAGAGGUUGACAAGUUCCUACUCACGUACGUUAUCCUCAAACUCAAGCUCAUCAAAGGCAAAUGCAUCAUCUUCGUCAACACCGUGGACCGGUGCUACCGCCUCAAGCUGUUCCUGGAGCAGUUUUCAAUCAAGAGCUGCGUAUUGAACUCUGAGCUUCCAUUGAAUUCAAGGUAUCAUGUUGUCCAGGAGUUCAACCAGGGUGUGUACGACUAUAUAAUUGCGACGGAUGAAAGCGGCGGCCGUGGCGAGGAAGAUUCCGACGAUGAAACAGAUGCGGAGGUCUUGUCCACGCAGCGGGAGGACCCGGAGGACGGCGAGACCUCGAAGCGAAAGCCGAAGAAGCGCAAGCGUACGGAAACUUCGGCUACCCCGGAUUCACAACACCCGAAGCCGAGCAAGCGAAGCAAGGGAGGCAAAGUGAAGAGCACUGAUCGAGAGUAUGGGGUUACCCGAGGCGUGGACUUCAUCGAUGUGGCUUGCGUUCUCAAUUUCGAUCUGCCAUCGUCCUCGCGGGCAUACACUCACCGAGUUGGGCGAACCGCGCGGGCCGGGCGGACCGGCAUGUCCUUAUCCUAUGUCGUCCCCAAGGAAGAAUGGGGGAAGAAUAAGAUUGUCGGGUGCUUAGAGACCGCUAAGAAGGACGAAAAAACCUUUGCGAGGAUUGAGAAAGAGCAAGCUGCGAGAGGUAGCAAGAUAAAGGAAUAUAAGUUCGAUAUGGCACAGGUUGAGGCGUUCAGGUAUCGAAUGGAGGACGCCCUUCGCUCUGUGACAAGAGCGGCAGUCAAGGAAGCCCGAAUCAAGGAGCUGAAAACGGAGAUACUAAAUUCCGACAAAUUGAAGGCUCAUUUCGAGGACAACCCCCUUGACCUCGAGUAUUUGCGACACGACAAACCGCUGCACCCCACGCGCGUACAGCCACAUAUGAAGCAUGUACCAAAAUACCUAUUACCCCGGAUUGCCCCCGCUCCGGUGGAGGGGCAAGCUUCUACUCCGACGGAAGCCGAGCAGGAGCGUUCGAGCAGCGCCGGGUUCGUACCUUUCACCAAAAAUUCAGCACGGGGCCGCGGACGAGGAAGGGGGCGUGGUGGCAGAGGUGGCAGCAGAGGUGGCCGCAAGAAAGCUGAUCCUUUGAGAAAGUUUGGAAGAUAG